CCCGCUACGUGGGACUGCACCGGUGCCGCUACGCAGGGCGGGACCGCGCGGUGCCGUAGCCGGUGUGUGGGGCGGGGCUGUGCCGGUGCCGGUGCGUGGGGUGGAGCCGUGUUGUGCCGGUGCCGGUCCGCGGGGCGGGGACGAGCCGUGCCGUAGCCGGGGUGUGGGGCGGAGACGAGCGGCGCCGGUGCCGCUACCCGGCGCUGUGCCGGUGCCGGUCGGCGGGGCGGACCCGGUGCCGUGCAGUGCCGCAGCCGCUCCGCGGGGCGACGCGCCCCUAUGAGCCGGUGAGGCGGCAGCGGUGCGGGAGGGAUGGCGGCGGGCGGCGGCGGCGGAGGGCGACCGCCGGGCCCCGACCCCGCGCUGGAGCCCUACGUGCAGACCCGCAUCUUCAAAAUCAUCGUGAUCGGAGACUCCAACGUGGGCAAGACGUGCCUGACCUUCCGCUUCUGCGGGGGCACCUUCCCCGGCAAGACCGAGGCCACCAUCGGCGUGGACUUCCGCGAGAAGACGGUGGAGAUCGAGGGGGAGCGCAUCAAGGUGCAAGUGUGGGACACAGCUGGCCAGGAGAGGUUUCGGAAGAGCAUGGUGGAGCACUACUACCGCAAUGUGCAUGCCGUGGUCUUCGUGUACGACGUGACCAAGAUGAGCUCCUUCACCAACCUCAAGACGUGGAUCGAGGAGUGCAACGGGCACGCGGUGCCCCCGCUCGUCCCCAGGGUGCUGGUGGGGAACAAGUGUGACUUGAAAGACCUGAUCCAGGUGCCAUCCAGCCUGGCCCUCAAGUUCGCCGACGCUCACAACAUGCUUUUGUUUGAGACCUCGGCCAAGGACCCACAGGAAAGCCAGAACGUGGACGCGAUUUUCAUGUGCCUGGUGUGCCGGCUGAAGGCGCAGCGCUCGCUGCCCUGCCGGGACACGGAGGGCUGGCCGGCGCAGCCCCAGCCGCAGCCCCGGCGGCUGGAGGAGGCCAGCGGGAAAGGCUCCUGCCCGUGCUGAGCGGGACCCGCCCGGACCCCAAUAAAGGCUCUGAGCCCCCUG